AUGGCGCCCGUUUGCUUACUCGACGCUCUGCUAAUCCGUCUGUGAUUAUUAGCCGACUAUCUUCAUUUUAAUCCUCCGUAUUUCGCUUGGAGUGAAAGGGUCUCAGGCAGACACUGGCCGAACACAGUCAGCGGCGUCAUGUCGGACUCGGAGGAGGAGAGCCAGGACCGACAGCUUAAAAUUGUAGUAAUCGGCGACGGCGCUUGUGGAAAGACGUCACUCGCCACCAGGUUUGCUCAGGAGGCCUUUGGGAAGCAGUACAAACAAACCAUCGGCCUGGAUUUCUUCCUGAAGAGAAUAAGCCUUCCAGGCAAUCUGAACGUGGCCCUCCAGGUGUGGGACAUUGGAGGACAAACGUUAGGAGGGAAAAUGCUGGAUAAAUACGUGUACGGAGCUCACGGGGUUCUCCUUGUGUACGACAUCACCAACUACCAGAGCUUUGAGAAUCUGGAGGACUGGUUCAGCAUGGUGAAGAAGGCCAACGAGGAAUCUGACAUCCAGCCAGUCGUCUCGCUGGUAGGAAACAAAAUCGACCUGGAGCACAUGAGGACGGUGAAGGCUGACAAGCACCAGCGCUUUUGCCAAGAGAACGGCCUCAUCAGUCAGUUUGUGUCCGCUAAGACCGGAGACUCGGUGUACCUCUGUUUCCAGAGGGUUGCUGCUGAGAUUCUCGGUGUGAAGCUCAACAAAGCUGAAAUAGAACAGUCCCAGAGGAUUGUGAAGGCUGAGCUGGUCAACUACCCUCAGGAUGAAGGCCCGAUUAGACAAGAGAACCACCAGCAGAGCAAAAUAUGUUUGGUUCAAUAGAUGGAACCUGUGGUCAAAGCGGACAUCGUAAACUACAGUCAGGACACAGUGGCCCGGACGGUCAACAACCCUCGCAGCUCCAUGUGUGCGGUGCAGUGAGUCCACGCACAAAAAAACAGAACACCAAGAUGCCAUCUUGUCUAUCACUCAAUCAAUCAAUCAAUCAAUCAGUCAAUCAAGCAAUCAAUCAAUCAGUCAGUCAGUAUUGCUGCUUCUUGCAGGCUGGGUCGUCUGUAAUCGUGUGUGUUGCUCAGACGGAUGUCGUUAAAUUUAGCGGCAAUCAGCUGUCAUUUGUUUUCUGUGAUGGAUCAUGACGCAAGUAAAUAUUGCUGGGUUUCAUGUGACAUCACAUCAGGUUGUUGUCUGCCCCCAGCUCAAAGCGAUGGGGGGGGUGCAAACAAGUGCAUUCAUGCAUUCAUAACUAGAAGUUAUGUAAAACCAUAGUAAAAAUGCCGCAUAGAUGCGCUGUUCUCACAUGUGUAAACCGUUCAAAUAUGUAUUUCCGAUAACGCUAUUCGUAAGAUAGUCCAUCAUAAUCGGGGGGAAAAAAGUCCAGGCAACAACCAAAAAAGGCAGAAAAGCCACUUUUGUUGGCAUUUGCUAACACUGUUGCCCUUGUGGAGUGGUUAUGAGUAUUGACACACUCCAGUUUACAGUGAGCAACAAGCACAAUUUAUACUUAAAAUCAAACUUAUAACAUUGUUGGUGUUCGAAAAUGUGACAUGCAAAAAUAAUUGCCUCAUAACAGAAAUUUGUAGAUUUGCCAUUUCCUCUUACAUUCAUCCAAAUGCUCCAACUGCACAAGUGCCCAAUUUCAACACCAUAAAUAGACCGCCAAGAUUCUCUGUUGCAAGAAAACAAAAUGGAAAAGUAACAUAUAAAAGAAGGGGAAACUCCAAAACACGUAUUUGAAUUUGCAAGGCAGCGGACUGCCGAGGUGUCCCUGGCCCCUGUCCACCCUGGUUCUCCACCCUUGUUGUCCAGAGCAGACCAGUGCAAAAAGUGUAGCAAAACGAUGAAGGACACAUACAAAAAUGUAUACAUGCAGAUAACUGCUUUUUGAUCAUCUUGUUUUCAACUAUUUUAUGUCUUCGUGCAUCACACCAUGAACACAAUUGGAGUAACGACAUGCACCGUUAUACCUGUAUUCUUUAAUCUCCAAAAUAUUGCACAAACAUGCCCCCCAUCUGCUCACCAGAAGUGACGCAAACUUCCUUUAGGUCACAUGGUUGAAACCCAGCAAUACUUUAGGAUCCUUCUCUGCCACAAUUAGAUGAGAGAAAAGACAAACCCAAUGGCACUUUUGCAUGUGCGGUGCUAAAAUGAAUUGGCACUCAAUGUUGUACAGCUGACAAAUGAGCAUCAUUUGCACGCCGGAUCACUAAUUUCAGUCUUUUCCUCAUGAUUACAAGUAUUGCCUCUAAUUAAAUAUUUAAGUUUCAAUAGCGACACAGUGUUUGCAUCCUUUCAGCUUUACAUGUGAGUACAGUUCGAAAAGGACUGACAUGUUGUUAGUAGUUUAAACACUAUUUGUAAAUGUAAAAUGUAAACAUCCAUAUCAAAAUAUCCAACACCAUACUAUAAAUCAUCAAUGUACACUCUAUAUUACCAUUUUAUGUAAAUACAAGUGUGAUGACUUGCAUAUGUACAGUUUCAACUGAACGUUUAGUUGGUUUGUGUUUUUAAAUAAAAGUUUCAUGUUGAAUAUGACAAUUGGUACGUGAAUAUGGUUUCAAUUAGGUAACAAUAGUAGUAGUAAAGUAGCUUUUCAGAUCCCUAGAGAUGACAAUGACAAUGGGUGAUGAUUAAGUGUUGAACGAUCCCUGUGUUGAAAUUGAAGCGUAAGGACUGAAACCUGACCUAAACAGACUUGGCCAAGUCGCUGCUAGCUAAUGACCCACCUGGUCUUUGUUUUGUAAAUCUCCACUGAAAUAGCGUCUAAAUCCACUCUGGACAGAUGAUACAAACACCUUAUAAAUGCUUGUAAGCUGUAUUAAUUCAUUACUUAGGAGUGUUGCCUUUUGUUGUAAGAGGGAUCUGACUUCAAGCCUUUUUUGGCCUCGUCAGUGUCACUGAAACCAGCGGUGGAUUAAGUGCACUGAAAGCACACACAUGAACAAGACAAAGACAGUAUCUCUCCAACCAGGUGUCAGGCCCCUAAUAAAAACUACAAACAGUGCAGAAGUCGGCAGCCCAGCUGGGGUCAUUCCAUCAGCCCACGUGCAUUGUUUCGCUCCAGUGGACGUCUGAGGAAUUGUCUCGGCUGAUUUUUUUUUUUUUGCCUUUUUUGUUGAGGGCUGUCACCAGUGUUGACAGGCAAGACUUGCCCUUGGCUUUGCCGCUGUUUGGACAGGUGUUUUUUGCAAAGAAAACAACCGCAGCCGCAUUUCCAAGGUUCAGAUGCGCAACUACGUAUAUUGUCGUGUGUCUACAGACUGAAGUAAAGAAGAAGAACAUCACGGUGGGAAUAAUGCCGGGGAUGGGUGAGGCUUUAAUACGCUGGUCAAGGUCAGCUGGCUUGAAGCUGAAGUUGUCUUCCUGUUUGUUCAGCAACUUCAUGUGUUUUUUUGUGAGUUGAAUACCAGCAUAGGGAAACAGACAAAAUACCUAUACCUGUUUUCUCCCCAUACCCUUACAAAACUACUGAAGUAACUACAUCAUGUUUUGAAAUAGAACUUUUCACAAACAAGGAACAAUAAUGUAAAAAAAAGCCACAUUACACAAUGAAUGAUGCAAAAGGGUUAGUACAGUCAUUCCUCACUACAUCGCAGUUCGAACAUCGCUCCCUCACUCUAUCGCAGUUUUCAAAAAGGAAUUAAUUCAUAAAUGAUCCCUGUUUCGUGGUUGACUAUGGCCUAUUAUUAGUCAAAUAUUGCAAUAUUGAGAGACAAGUUAUAUGUAGUAUUCUGGUCACUAGGCGUCAUUUUACAUUGAUGAGACAUUACAUGAAAUUACCUGAACUUCACACUGACUGUAGUCAGCCAUGGAAUGCCCGACAUGAUAGAGUGAAAAAAGUUUUUGGCUUCUUACUUUGUCCUUCUUCCCCACUCUGUUUGAAACUUUUUCUUAAGUUUACAAUAAAUGAAUUGGAGCCUAACUAGUUAGCUUGCUAGCAUGCUUUCCUUAAAGUCAUGGCCACCUCUUGUGUCACCUGUGCAUUAGCAAUGUGGUGUAAACGAAGGGUAAUAUGAGUGGAAAGCUAACUAUAGGGUUGUUAUUUCAUGUCUACAGAGCUCUAAUAAUGGUCUGGAACCAAUUAACCGCGAUGAAAUGAGGGACGACUGUAUGAGCUGAGCACUUAAAAAUAAAACUAUGUCAGCCAGUGACAAAUACAAUGAAGUUCGGUCCAAUGGAACAGUGCAUUGUGCAGUUCUGCAAGCAUCAGCUAUGAAAAUUUAACAAUUCUUUUUUAGAAAAAUAAGAAUAUCUGCUUCUUUCUGGACUUAUAGUGUCUCCAGCUGUGGAGAACACACUCUCAGGUGGGGUAGAGGACGCCUUCACACAUGUAUCGAAAGCAUUCAUUCAAAGUUACCGCAUGCUGUGUGUGCAAAUGUUUCUGUGCAUUGUUAGUAUUUCCUCCUGUAGGCUAAAAACUUAUUUACUGAAUGAUUUUAUGAAGUAACAUAUACAAGUAGAUUUUAGCAUCACUGUUUGCGUUGAUGUUUAUUGAUUGAAUGAUUAACCGAGUGCCUUAAUAUAAGUACAGUAUAAAUAUAACUGUUUUAUGAUGAACUGAGUGAGUGAUUACAAGUAGUUUAUAGAAAUAAUGCUUUAUUAAACAAUUAGCUGAGUAGAUGAACAACUGUUUAUGUGUGUCAAAGGUUAAACAAAUAGUGAGUGCUCACACAUAGUGAAGGCCAGCCGGGACCAGCAGCCAGAUAUGGAAACAUAAACAAGUCAGUAAGCCUGGGGAAGCAUGUGAUGUUGUGCAACAAAAGUGUCAUCGACUAUCACCUGCUGGCGUCACACAACUUUGUCAAAGAAUCCGGGAGAAGGUUAUCUUUGGAGAGAGUGGCGCCAAUGGUCUGACGAAAACAAUUAUAAAAAGGCAGAGGGGACCAUCGAUCAGGACCUGUUUCUCUUCCUUCGGAGAGGAGGCGGUGCAAAAAAUGCAAAUGCAUAAUUUUUGUAAAACGUGGUAAACCACAAGUGAAACCACAGAUGCUAUUGCUAUUACAAGCCAUAAUACUAAAAAUGUUUUAACACUGCUUUUCAUUUUAAUGCUUUUUUUUUGCUGUUUAGUUUGCUUCUGUUUUGACACUGAAUUUGCUCGAAUUUUCAUCACGGAAUACGAAACCAAAACACCUCAUCUUUUGUCCUUCUCUCGAACCUUUUACACCUGUAUGUAUUUACUUGCCCGGCUUAUCCUCAUCCUUUCAGUCAUUGGUUCUCCCUUUGCUGGGACUUUGAGAUGUCAGUCUGAAAACAAAAAUCCUACAUAACACUUUGGUAAGAAGACCAUAGUUGUGGUCUAUGUAUUUUUCUUGUGUGGGUAAGCACCAGGCCAACACCCUUAUGAUUACCCUCUCACCCCUCUUCCAUUUUCCACCUGUGCCAGUCUUCUAUUCUCUGUCAGCAGCCAGCGUGUGUUACAUUUUGGACGCUAGAGCCUGUCAAGAUGGUUUAGGUGAGCCAGUAACUCUGCAGUAGUCUCUAGUUCCCAAGGGUGCCACAGAGGGUGUUCUAUCCUGAGCUUGUGCGACCGGUCAAUUGGGCUCGCCGGUUCUCUCGAAGGUGCUGCCUGUCUGCCGCCACAGCCGAGCAGCCGAAAAGCUCAUGAUUUAUUUUCGGGGUGAGGAUGUGGGCAUUCAGAAGGGUCGUAUUUAUAGUGCGCUGGUCUGGUGGGAGGACCCUGCCAGUAAAAACAUGCAGAUUCCCAAAAAGGAGACUUGGGGACAGAAAACUGAAAAGUCUUUCUGGCAUGGUUGGGUGCUAUUUUCAGUGGGCUGAUGAAUGAAUAGCACUUAAACUCAACAGCCCCUGGAUCACAUUUUAAAAGUAGGAGGACAGGGACAAAGAAAUAACCCCUUGACUCCCUGCGUGAUAUCAAAAUCCCUAAAAAAAAAUAUGCAGUAUUCGUAGUAGGUUUGCUUUGUUUUACUUGGCUAUUCGCUUGAUCGAAACAUCUAGUAAAAACCUUUAAAACAUCAAAGGAUAAACAGUUUUUCUCUGCGAAAAAAUGUUUAUUUUAGGUCAAAGCAAGCACCCUAUUGAUUUUAAAGCAAGCCCCAUAUUGAUUUUAAAGUUUGCCUGACCUCGAAUGGUCAACUUAUCUGACAGAUUAGCACUGAAGUGUGUUACUUCAAACUUGCCAAGAUCAUUUCCAUAAUUUCCGGUGUAUAAGCUGCUACUUUUUUUGUCACGCUUUAAACCCUGUGGCUUAUGCAUUGAUGCGGCUAAUUUAUGGCUAAAAGAACUACACUUCCCAUGAUGCUUAGAGUGCAGCUUCAGGAAGUAGUGAGUUGGAGAAGUGAAGUGGACGCUAACAUCACGUUAUGAGGUCUAAGGCAGUGAUCGUGUUUUGAUCUGACAAAUCUUAAGUAAAUUUGAUCAAGUGUGGAAUUACAACAGCUUCUGUUUGGACCGGGGACAAGUCUAAAAAUCUGUUUGUCCUAACACUAGUCUCUGUAAUAGCAGCAGAACGUUUGACCGUGUUAAACCGUGUUAUUAUGAGCAAAGAGGGGUUGCAUUCAAAGACAUCACGUAAUUUAAGGACAUUUUCUUGUUUUCAGUAUAUUUUCCAGCAUACUUAAAUGUAGCAAAUUGUUCAUCCAAAUUAAGAGUUACAAAGUGAAUGUUAAGAAUAUCCACUUCAUGGUUUUCUUUAUAUUCCUGUUAAUUUACACACGCACACAAACACACGCACACACACACACACACACAUGCAUUAUGAAGUCGUUUUUGUGAUUUUUGGAGUGUCCCCGAAAAGCAUCUCGUGUUCUUGUGAUGAGAAUGAGGAAGUGUCGUUCCCAGGAUGGAACGGAGCAGAGACGUGUGUGAGUUGGAGAUCCAUACAGUGUAUGGUGUUGGAAUUGUACUGCUGUUGAUGCGUUCAGGCCACAAUGAAGUUACAAAAGAGCGUCAGACUCUGUGUGACUCUGUGGGGACGCUCCACUGUCCUUCCGUCUGCUGUCAUAACAGAGAGGCAUGCUUGCUCUGUUGCGCAAGCGUUAAUUACACUUAAAAAUGUAACGUAAUUAAUUAAAUAAAUUAGUUACAGCGGUUAACAGUUUUUGAGAGGCCUAUAUACUUUAUAAAGAAAUUAUGGUACAUGAACCAAUCAAAUGUAUCUGCAGUCAAAGAUCAUAGGGUAGUGUGUUCAGCACUAUCAUUACUGAUUUUACAGGAUAAAGAUUUGACACAUCUGGUUGUAAUACAGCAAAUGUUACUGCAAACACAUAAGCAAUUGUUGAAGCAAUAACAAGCUUGAAAUGCACCUUGUUCAACAACAAAAAUCCGAUCCGAUCUGUUGAUAAAUUAAGUCUGCCUUUCCAGCCUUUCCAGAAACAAAACAAACAAACUUCAUUUCCAUAGAUAUUGUGAUGUAUCGCUGACAGUUUGCUUCCAGUAUAUUGAUUGUUGUUUUGUGACACUUUUGGGAUUGUUGACAAAAUAUUGCGAUUGUAUUUUGUACUUGACUCUGCGUUCUGUAGCACCACUGCCCUUGAUGGUUUUUAUAGCUAAAUCGAUACAGUCCAUCCAUUCUUUUUCUAUGCCACGUAUCCUCACUAGGGUCGCAGGUAUGCUGGAGCCUAUCCCAGCUGACUUCCGGUGAGGGGCGGGGUACACCCUGGACUGGUCGCCAGUCAAUCGCAGGGCACAUAUUGACAACCAAUCAUUUAAACUCACAUUCAUACCUAUGGACAAUUUAGGGUCGCCAAUUAACCUAAUGUGAGAGGAAACCGGAGUACCCAGAGAAAACCCACGCACGCAUGGGGAGAACAUGCAAACUCCACACACUCUCCCAACGGAGAUUCGAACCCAGAUCUUCCUGAUCUCCUGACUCUGUGGCCAACAUGCUAACCACUAGUGCGGCCCCAUCGAUACAGUCAUCCUGAGCAAAAAAUUGCAGUGAAACCUUGGUUAACGUCAUGAAUCUGUUCCAGAAAGUUCGACUCUAAGUGAAACAUAUGCUCACCGAAUAUUUUUUGUGUGUGUGUUAACACAAAACACACUUCUAGUUUUACAAUUAUAGUUUUACAUGCAGGAAACAUUUUGGAAUGUACAUAAAUGCAAAUAAAUGAUGAAUGAAAGGGAUCAUUGAAGGCGUGUCAUUAAAAAAAGACACAAUGUGUCAGUGAGAUCAACACCGACAUCAUCUUCAUGUUUUGCCAUGAGUUAUUUGUUGAAUUCAGUGGUGUUUCUCGUAGUUAUAGUUAUAGCCAAAGAAAGUUGCAAGUGCCAGACAUUAUUCAUCAAACACUACUGAAUUCAAGAAAUUACUCAAAACACAAAGGUGGUGUCCGUUUUGAUCUUGCUGCCAUGUCGUGUCUUUGGCAAGAAUCACUCGUCUUGAAUGAAGGGAAAAGUAAGCUUAAAUGUUCAUUUAUCCCUUUCAUUCAUAACGUAUAUGCAUUUAGAGUUGUUUUAUGCAUGUAAAACUAUAAUUGUAAAAAUAUAAAAAGGUGUUUUUUUGUUAACAUUUUGUGAGGCUUGUGGUGCAACUGUGUUGUGAACUACAGUGUCAACUGCUGAUGACGUGAUAGACGGGCAAUGGAGCUGACUUCCGGUUCCUGUUUGCAUGUGUUAGUAAGCUAAUAGUGCGCUAAAAAGGACAUUUUGGGAUUAAAAAAAUGCAUUAAGAACACAGUUGAACUCUGAUCAAUGCCAGUAACCAUCAGACGGCAUCUGUGAGAGAAGGGCUUUAAGAACAAAAAACGACCUUAAAGGUCUCGUCUCUCUCAACGCAACAAAAUCGCCUGUUUGGAAUUUGCAUGAAAGCACCAAACGUGACAUUGAAAGGUAAAGGACAGAUUUAUUCUCUGAUGAGAAAAAUGUAACCUUGACGGUGCUGAUGGCUUCCAACAUUACUGACAUGACAAGGAGAUCCCAACUUGUGUUUUCCACACCAUCAUGAUCUGGGCUGCUUUUUCCUCCAAUGGAACAAUGGAGCUUCAGGUUGUGCAGGGGCGUCAAAUGGCAGCUGGUUAUGUGGAGAUGUUGCCGAAGGCAUCCCCUCAUGACUGAAGGCCCUCGUCUGUGUGGUAAUGACUGACUUUUUCAACAGGACAAGGCUGCAGUUCACAAUGCCCGCCUGCCUGACAAAGGACUUAUUCCAGAGGAAUAACGUCACUCUUUUGGACCAUCCUGCGUGUUCCCCUGAUCUAAAUCCAUUUGAGAGCAUUUGGGGAUGCCCACCGUGAUGCCUUCUUCACCACCUGGAGCAAUGUUCCUACUAGCCUCCUGGAAACACUGGCAUCAAGCAUGCCCAAAACUAUUUUUGAGGUGAUUAACAAGAAUAUCGCGGCUACUCAUUACUGAGUUCUUCUUUGAACGUUUUAUUUCUAUUUUAAGGGGGGUUUCAGGGUUUUUUGAGCCAUGGUCUUAAACUUUUAAUCAGCUGAUGAGCAGCCGAUUUCAGUUUAAUGGUUGUUUGCAAUAAACUGCUUUUUUUUGCAUUUUGAAGCUCUGCUUAGAACUUCCUUAAAAUCCAACAGUGCAAAAUGUAAAUUCUUGCAAUUUAUUUAUAAGCCUGCAGGUUUGAGGAAAACAUUUUGUUUCUUUUUGAACUUUUGUGAUCCGACUGGAGCGCGACGUCAAAUUUGGCAAAACUGCAGUCGGAUUGUUCUUGUGUGACGCACUCCGGUUUUACUAUCCGACGCUUGUGAUAUCAUGUCGUGUGAUCUCAAAGCUGCCGUUCAACAGCCCAUUGACUGGGGAAGGGGGUUUAUAUUAUUGCCUCAGGUGCCGCUCAGACUGUGAAACAGGAUCCGGCGAGGACAGUUUAUGUAACAGAAUCAAUGUGUUUGAAGGCUGAUUGGGUAGACUGCGCCACACAGUGUCGAAAAGUCAUCACCAGGAGCAGAAAUGCCAACGGUAGCACCUCGCCCUGCCUCCCUGCAGCUCCAUAUCUCGCUAAACAGCAUCCUAGCAGGGGGGAUUUGGGCUGUCAGGGUGAAUUGUAGCUUGAAGGACCGUGACACCAAUCACCAACCCCAGCAAUAUAUAGUACCGAUUUGUGUUUGGCACUGAAAUGUUUAAAUCAAGGAUUUUUUCUUUAAUGUAGCGAGACUGGGUCAUUUCCUGGUGCAAACAGACCAUCAUGUCAUGCCAGAACAAAAUGGCAUGUUGGACGACCUGUCAACCUCCUUUUGCGCUUCGAUAUAACGUGAGGUGACAUUAGGAAUUCUUUCUCCGAUCAACACAAUGCGGCCAGUGUGGAAAACCUGUACAGUAUGGGUGUGAUUUCUCUCAGGGUAUCCAUCACCGCGUCACAAACCCUGCUGGUGGCACUUUUAGUACUUUUAGUCUGGUUAAUCAGAACCAGGCUGGUCUGUGGGCUCGGAGGUCAUCAUCUGGAGAGAAGAGGAAAUUAUUGAUGGAAAUGAAGGAUGCUAGAUGUGGUGUUUCUCCAGCGGUUGAACAAGGCAGAGUUGUUCACAUCUGAUUUAAAGGCUGCUUUUGUCAUAACCCACGCCAAAAGCUCCUGCUUUUAUUGGCUGUUUGGUCUAUUUCCAUUUCUUGACCAGUAUUAAAAGACAACAAAACUCACCGGUGGACAGAAUGGAGCCUGUGAUUAGCGCACUUUUUUUUUGUAAUAACACACAUACAGUAAGCAGUGCUUCAUGGGGGUAUGUCAAGAACCAUUAAAGAAACUGACGAUGUUUCAUGCAAGCGAGGCAUGGCUGAGAAGUGGCGCGGAGAAUGGAAUCACAAUACAGACGCGGAUCAGGUUCCAGUGUGUCGGUUGUUGGGGGAAGUGUCUGCUGAUUGCCACGCUGUUCUGUGGAUGCUGCCGGACAGCGAGGUGAGAGGCAGGUUAAUUACUACACUGAAGAGGCAAGCGUGAGAUGCUUUACACAGCCAUUGUGGCCUGGAGGCUUGGGUUUCCAGAGCUUCAGGGUGUUCCUGAUCAUGGCGGUGGAGUGUGAUGGCAUAUGGAUGGCCGGCAUGCACGCAAAACAGGUCUUUCUCUUUUUUUAAAGAUAUGAAAACAGUUAAAAAGACGCAGCUCAUUACUACACGUAGUAUGUAGUACCAGGUACAUUCAUGAUAACAUGUAAUACAGUAUUUUGCCGUACUUUGGUCCUUUUAAGAAUUACCAGAACUUCCUUCCUGGGCGCAUUGAUUUCACAAAGCAACAUAGAAAGGAACGCUUCCACCAGCAUUAACCUUUCCAUUUCACAUUGACACAAAAACAUCACAAACCACGAGAUGUGUAUCCCGGAAGAAUUUGCAGCUGUGGAAUGGGCAGAUUACACAUUUCCCAGCAUGCUUUGCGGUAGUUAUAAUGAUCACUUUUGAAUGCCUUAUGCCUCGUUAAGGUGUUCGUUUGUACAGACGGGGUGUAAUAGUUAGCCGUUUUUAGUUGUGUACAGAUAAAUUAUUUGGACUUUUGGUCUGAAUCUGACACCCUUAUUAAGCAUGGUUGUGAAUUUUGCAAUAUAUACACAAUAUUGUUUCUAGUUUUAAAAUUUAAAGUCUAUAGGAGUAGUUUACACCAGAGGAAUUGCUUAAUUACGCAGAUCGCUGUGAGCACUCGGUUUAAUAAGGUCCGCAAGGCCGGCCAACUCAAUGCUAUUUUCCAAACAGCUCUGCGGGCCAGAUGAAAUUGCAGCGCAGGCUAGAUUUGGCCCCCGGGCCUGAGUUUGACACAUUAUAAUAUAGAACAACAUUUUAACUACAACAUUAUGAGAACAUUAUGACAACAUUAUGACUAUUUGCUGAAAAAUAAAAAAAGAUCAAACUUGCAGGUCCCUUGUCGGUAGGUGACUGACAGACAGUUGGCAGAGCUUUUGAAGAUGUGUAACGAAGCCUGUUGUUUAGUGAAGCUGUCCUCUGUGUAGUGGUGGGGGCUCAUACGCGGAGCAGGCUGAUAUACGGGGUGAGAAAGCUUCUUCCUUCGUUGCGUCAUUAAAAAAGCCGCAACUUCAAAAGCGAGCAUUUGAACUUCACUUCUCUCAAAAGUGGAGCAAACAAGUGAGGGGGGAUUUCUUUCACCUUUUGGUGAUACAUCCUGUAUUACUGUUAGAACAACAUUAAAAAGUCACGUUAGCGCAUAAUAGGGGACCUUUUAAAAAUAGGAUAUGAGCUGCAAUAUUUCGACGUUGCAGGAGUUCUUCUUCAUUGUGCCUAUUGUCAAAUCGUCCCCGCCUCCACCAAGGAAGUUAAGUCUUUAGCAGUGUUGUUUGUGUGUCUUCCUGGCUUACACAACAAUAGAGUCAGAUGUGUGACCCUUUGAGAGGUCACGCAGGGAGCUUUGUUAAAGCGUAUUUGCAGAAGAUCCCAUCCAUCUUCGAGAAACAAUUUAACCUCAAACCAGAUCUUCUUCUCUUCUCAAUUUUUCUGUGACAAAUUGUCAUUUUCCUCAUGCUCAGUCAGCAGCACAUCCAGAAAUGUCAUUAAGGCUCAUCCCAGCGGUAUGUUGUAGAUAUUUAUUUUAGUUCACAAAAGUAAAACUUUGGUUACAGCGGUGUGUGUGACUCCUCAAGCAACCUCCCAAAACUUUGCAAUAUACAUUGCAAUGUGCUUAGCAGUUCAAUAUAUUUCAAGAAAACUGUUAUUGGUGACAAAAUAGUCAUUAGUAUUAGUAUGAUGUCUUUUUUUCCCCUCUUACUUACAUUUUUUGAUGGUUCCUGUAUCUCUAAUCUUCUUUGGUAAUGUUCUGGUGUGGCUCGUCUUGAAUUUUAUUUUUAGAAGAUGCAGCAAGCCCCAAUUUGGACACCCUUAGUGAAUGGUAUUUAAUUAGUGAUUGUUUUAGUUUGACUUGUGUGUACCGUAAAUGCUCCAAUUAACGCCUCUAUUCAGUUCACCACCGAGUCGCCGAUAGUAGCCGCGUGCACGCGCCACAAAAGCAAAUAACCCCCCGGGGUCUCUUAUUAACGCCGGGUCAAAAGACAACCUCCUGAUAUAGUUUGUAUCAACUCCACAACAUUUGAAGUGUCAUGAGUGAUCAGCAGCUUUAUCUACCUCUACGGGCGAUUUAAAAUGUUGCUACUACGCUGUUGUGUGAAACUCUUCCAUGUCACGCUUUCCAUAUUGUUGUUUACAAUGAGUAGUUUGCUUCUUACCAACAUUACAGCAUUGGUUCUGUUGCUGCUGUGUUGUAGUAUAUACUUGGCAAUAAUGCAUUCAACCUUUUUAUUACUGUAUGUCCUGUAUGUGUUCUGUGUACGUUGUGAGCGACUACAGUGUUAAUUUAGGUAUUAGUUCCGAUUCUUACAGGAAGCUCCACUUACAACGCCGUCGUACGAUUGGAGCUUCUGUAGAGACUGGGGACCUCUUGUCGUUUACAAUAGCAAGUAUUCGCUUCAGUUGCACUAUUAAACGCAAACUACACUUCAAACCAGUAGGGGGAGCAAAAAAAAAAAAAAGCAAUUUACUUCAUUUCACAACUUUAAUGCAGAAUAUUGUUGUCCAAAAAAGUAGCUUUUGCUGUUGUAAUCACUAUUAAAGUCAGAUAGCUGAGUGUGUUAUGACGAUGCAACACAAGUGAUUUGUGUGUUCAAUUCGUAUGAUUUAGCUCAACUUUGGAGGCUGCUGACACUCGCUAGCGUCGCUCAAUAAUUCACCAUAUGACAAAAAGAGAAACGAUGUAGCGCUCCGGCUAGCAAAAACCUGAUCCGUGCCGGGGACAAGAGGCGAGCGUGAAUGCGACAAAAGGCAUCGCACGCGACACCCACAGCAAACAAACGGCCAUCUGUCACCAUUAUAAGUGGCACCUGAUGUGUGCCACUUAAAGUGGAACCUUGAAUCUUUCAUGCAGCGGCGCCAAUUAAGCCGAGCCGAUUAAGCUGUGAAUUAUUGAGUCAAAUUUGGAAAAACAAAUCACUUAUUCAUAAAUCGCACCGUCGGGCUGACGUGAUGAGUGCCUUUUCGAGCCUGUUGUUACUAAUUCAUAUAUUUUCAUCAGCUAAUCUUCCUCCUGCUCUUUGCUUAUUCAUAUGACUGACCUCACACAAUAGCAAACCUCUUCAGACUCCAUAACGGCUAAUCCCCCCCCGUGACCGCAAAAGUCACGUCUCAGGUGUAUCACAGGAGAAUGUCAACUGAAACAUUAUCGCCUAUCAAAUUUUUCCCCCCUUUUUGUUUGUUUGACAGCAGUUAACAGCACUUACAGCUUCCCGCCCCCACCCCCGACAGCUUCACCUGUUGUAUUUUCCACCGUGAUGCAUGUGCACAUUAAAUCAUGCAACAGGGAUUAGAUGACAUGUAAUGUUCAUUAUAACCGCGGCCAUUAAUAUCUGCAGUAUUUGGUGACUAAUCCCUCAACUCAAGUGCUUGCAGGAUGAGGCUUGUGUGUCUAUCACCUUAUCUGCUUUCACCACCGCAAAGUCACAACAGAAACAAAUGCACACGCCUAAAAGUUAAAAAGAAAAAGCCCACAGAUGUGGGAACACAUACUAUGCUUAGUUUCGAUGAAUAUAUUUCAAUCAGUUAAGUUUUAGUCAAUACAAGUUGCCUUUUUAGAUGUCGUACCACCACGUUGUAUGAGAAUUCCAUUAUUGUUCAUUCAUUGUGGGAUUGGAAAAAUAUAAAAGUAAACAAAAACUUUCAAUAUUUUACGUCUGGGUUCAAAUAAAAACCAUAAGCCUGUUUAAUUAAAAUAAUUAUGU